AGAUAUACUUGACAAAUUGUGUUCACUUUUAUAAUGAAAAAAAAAUUAGACUCAUAAUUUUGAGGUAAAGUUGCAAGAAUUUUUUUCAAUAAUUCGUUCAUAAGAGACAUCCUUACCAAGCAACCUAACUUUGUUUACAAUGUCGAGCAACUUGUUCCACUAAUCUUUGAUAUUUUGUAAUUCAUUCACCUUCAUCAUCUCGAACACUCUAACCGGAUUUGAGUGCUUGCUUAUUUUUGGCUUUUUCAUUAUCUUGUUAUUCGUUUUUAAGAUAGUCUCAUGUGUCCUUUUACAGACUCUUAGGUGCAUAACUCUUGUAUAAAUUGUGCUUGACACAACAGUAAAUAAGUAGGCUUUGACUUUAGACUUUCUUAUCUUUCGAUUUUGUGGAUCUUCAAUCAUCACGAAAUAUGUUGGCAAUGAUGGAAUUGCAUAUUUUCUUUACUGCCUCACAAAGAUCUAUACUUCAAGAUAAACUGUUAUUUCAAUUUCUAUACUGAUCUUUUCUUUUUGUGUUUCGCUCAACCCGCAGACCGUUUGAAAUCCUUUUGCUAGUUAGAGCUUUCUAGGCUAAUGCUCUCAUACUAUGUUUACAAGUUGAAAAAAAUAUAGAGAUACGAAGAACAAUUCGAAUUGCAUUAGUAUUCAAUAACAUGACUUGCCUUGGCAAUACAAAACAAAUAAAUCUAAAUUUAAAUAGAAAAUAUUGCUUAAAUGAUCUAAAGUAGGAUAAGAAUAAGAGGGCUAAUUCAAAAACUAUUGACUAACACUAAAUUCAAAAACCAACAAUUAUCUAAUUUGAAUUAUUUGCAACAGUAGGGAGUUUAGAAGCAUUCUACUCUAACAAACCCUCCACUCAUGGAUGAUUGAGUUACAGGUCUCUAAGGAAGAAGAAUGUAAAAAUUUAGCCAAUUUAAAAUGCAACUCCUAAUCCAUGCUUGGUUUUUGUGGCAUAAUUAAUUAUUGUUGAUGUUGAUUCACUUGAAUUAUAUUUUAUUAUCUUGCACUGUCUUACUAAUUUACAGUACCAGUUUCAUAGACAAUCCUUUCAGUUAUGCUUCCCUCAUUUUAUAUCACCCAUCUUUCAUGCUAGUUGUAGAAUAAAUACAGAUAAAAAAUAAGACUUUGAGGUGGCUUUUGUCUUUUCUCUUAUCUUCAUCUGAAAUUUUCAUUAAACUUUAUCCAAUUUCCAUAUUCCCUUUCAUGAAUCACUGUCAUCUCUCUCUCUCUCUCUCUCUCUCUCUCACACACACACACACACACACACACACACACACACACACACACUCACGCACAGAGACAUAACCAUUUUAGAAACUCUUCCUGGUUUGACAGACACAGACAUAAUUAUUUUAGAAACUCUUCCUGGUUUGACUUAUUUAGAAUUUUAAUUAUAUGCCAAACAUGUCGAUGCCUCUUCCUCUUGAGCUACUUCAGCAAAUAGACUAUUCAAAAAUUGAAAAAGAGCUAUUUGUUUCUGAUGCUGCAAUUCUUGAGGAACAAUCAGGCAUACCCUCACAGUUCAUCUGGCCAGAGCAUGAAAAACCAUGCCUCAACUGCCCAGAACUUGCAAUUUUGCCUAUUGACUUGGGAAGCUUUCUAUCUCGGGACCCCCAGGCUGUCCAAAAAGCUUCUGAGCUAGUUAAUGAAGCAUGCAGGAAACAUGGAUUCUUUCAAGUUCUUAAUCAUGGAGUUGAUUUGCAGCUUAUAGAUAAAGCUCAUGAGUACAUGGACAUGUUCUUUGGCUUGCCGCUCUCGAAGAAGCAGAGAGUUCAGAGAAAGUCGGGAGAGCGCUAUGGAUAUGCUAGCAGCUUCACUAGCAGAUUUUCUUCUCGUCUUCCAUGGAAAGAAACACUUACUCUGCACUUCUCUGCUGAAAAUCAGUCCAAAAGUGUCAAAAAGUAUUUUUCGGAUACAACUGGAGAUGAUUUCAAACAAUUCGGGAAUGUGUUCCAAGAAUAUUGUGAAGCUAUGAAUAGUCUGGCCCUUGAGAUUAUGGAGCUUUUGGGGACAUGUCUCGGAGUUGGGCGAGAAUACUGUAGUGAUUUCUUCAAGGAAACCGAUUGUUCAAUGUUGAGAUUAAGUUAUUAUCCUCGUUGCCAAAGACCUGAUUUAACUCUUGGAACUGCGUCCCACUGUGACCCCACAUCUUUAACAAUUCUUCAUCAAGACGAUGUUGGUGGCCUUCAGGUUUUCAUGGAUAAAAAAUGGCAUUCCGUUCGCCCUGAUCCAAGUGCUUUUGUUGUGAAUAUUGGUGACACAUUCAUGGCUCUCUCAAAUGGCGUUUACAAGAGUUGCUUGCACAGAGCAGUGGUAAACAAGGAAAGAGCACGGAAAUCUGUUGCUUUUUUUCUUUCUCCAAAGAUGGAUAAGGUGGUGAAGCCGCCAAAUAAAUUGCUGGACUCUGGAAGUUCAAGAAGGUACCCUGACUUCACAUAUUCAACUAUGGAAGAAUUCCUCCACAAACAUUACACUGCGCCUGACAUGAAAACCCUUCAUGUCUUCACAACCUGGCUUCAACACCAGAACCACUCUGAAGGUACAAAUUCUGAAAUAUAAGACUGAAGGAUUGUAAUUUGCAUUCGCUAAGAUGAAGAUUGACUUGGUAGCAGUGUUUUGUCUUUUUAUCAAAGGGUCAUCGCGGUCUUAGGGUUAAUUAAAUCACACUUGGCCAUUUUAAUCUAUUAGGUACAAUACUCUCUAAUCUUAGGUCAAUUAACCUCAAAAUUGUACUAAAUGAACACGCUUGCAGGUUGCGAUGACUCAAUUUAGGAGUUAAUUAACUUAAAAAUUAGAGAGUAUUGUUUUUAAUUGAUUAAAAUGGCUAAGUGUGAGUUAAUUGAUCAUGACGUACAAGUUCAGGAUGCACUGUGCUGUCUUCUUUUGUUUAGCUUCUUCUUCAUUGUGUUUAAGUGCGUAACCUGUCUAAUCCUGUUAUUAAGCUUGCUUGUGGCUAGUUACCAAGCUUUUCAUUUACUUCUUACAAUCAUCGUCAGCUUAACGUGUAUAUAAGUUUGGUGGCUUUGUAAAUGAAAUCAAUGUUAAUAAAAUAUGGUGUCUUAACUAAA